AUGAAGCACAUCCGCGGUCUCGUGUCGACUACGCACGCCCUUCGCCAGAUCUUUCUUACACCCAUCCACACACCAAGAGCUGGCUUUAGGCAACCCAGCCUAUUAUUUAAUGGCUCACAAUUGCGAUACUUUCAACUUUCCCGGCGUUUUGCCCUCCCGAAAGCUACCACGCCUGCCUCAAGCCUUAUUAAAGACGAGUUGAUUCGAUCUCCGUGGGUACAGUUGGUCAAUGAAGAGGGAAACCUUGAGGACCCAAAAAGACUUUCGGAUGUCCUAGCUUCGAUUGAUCGCAACAAAUUUUUCUGUGUCCAGGUGGCCCCGGGAGGUGGCCCCGGCAAACCUCCCGUCUGCAAGGUCUUCAACAAGAAGGAGCAUAAGGAAAACGAGAAGGCCAAGGCCAAGGCGGCCAAGGCAGCUGCUCAGUCUGCCAAACAAAUUGAGUUAAACUGGGCUAUUGAUGCCCACGACCUGCAGCACCGCUUGAAACAGCUGGCAACCUUUUUGGAGAAGGGUCGAAAGGUGGAGGUCGUCCUGACCCGCAAGAAGCACAAACGACCGGCCACAGUGGAGGAAAUCAAGAAUGUCAUGCAGACAGUAUUAAACACUGUCCGAGAGGCUGGCGCCACCCAGACCAAAGCUAUGGAGGGCGAGCCAGGCAAACAUGUUAUUCUCACAGUGACCAAGGAAAACUGA